CACUAGUAUUUUAUAAAAAAGCUGCUUUUCCUUAAUUUGUUUGUGUUUUGAAUAAAAUAGAAGUACAGUAAAAAAGUGCAUUUGAAUUAAAUUUCAUGAAGUUAAAAGGACAAAAUUUGUAAACUAUCUUGUGAUGGAGGAAUUGCGCAAAUUAGAGUAUCUCUCACUUGUGUCAAAGAUUUGUACAGAGCUUGAUAAUCAUUUAGGAAUUAACGACAAAGAUUUAGCUGAAUUUAUAAUUUCAUUGGCUGAAAAAAACAACUCAUAUGAUGGAUUUAAAAAAGCCUUGGAAGAAAAUGGAGCAGAAUUUUCGGAAUCAUUUUCUGCAAACUUGCUACGUCUUAUACAGACGAUGAUGCCAAAAACAGAAGUAAAGGAGGAGGAAGAUGAGUUAAAAGAUGUUGUUAAAACAGAACUAGAGAAGAAAAAGGAAAAGUUCCCUGGUCUAGCCAUUCCUAAUGAUAAAGUCAAAAAUUUGUUAGAUGAAGAGGAUGAAUUAAUUGUAGGCGAUGCACUGGCACAGUUAGAAGCUUUAGCUCCUGGAAAAAAAAUAAAAGAAGAGGAAAUUUCUCCUGAUUACAAAAGCAAGAAACAUAAAAAACAUAAAAGUUCUGAUAAGAAAAGAAGACAUUCUCGUGAUCGCUAUGAUGAUAGGAGAUAUUCAAGAUCACGAUCUGUGUCACCAUCUCAUUCUAAAAAGAAGUACAAGCGGUCAAGAUCACGUUCCCCGAGAAAGGAAGACAGAAAGAGAAAGUGGUCAAGAUCAAGAUCACGUUCUCCUAGGAAAGAUAACAGAAAAAGAAAGUGGUCAAGAUCAAGAUCACGUUCUCCUAGAAAAGAAGACAGAAAAAAGAAAUGGUCUAGAUCGCGGUCAAGAUCUUCCUCACCUUACUUUGAAAAGAAAACUAAGCAUCCUUCCUAUGAUAAAAAAUCUGAACGUGAUAAGCCACCUCAGCUACCUUUAGAACCAGUUGUUGGAGAGAUCUAUAAUGGCAAAAUUACAAACAUAAUGCAGUUUGGUUGUUUUGUACAGUUGGAAGGACUCAGGAAACGCUGGGAGGGAUUGGUACACAUAUCUCAACUUCGCAGAGAAGGCCGUGUUACAAGUGUUGGGGAUGUUGUCCAGAAAGGACAAAGAGUGAAGGUCAAAGUUUUAUCUUUCACUGGACAAAAAACUAGUUUAUCUAUGAAGGAUGUUGAUCAAGAUUCUGGAAAGGAUUUGAAUCCUAAAGUUUCUAUUCCUGAGUCUACUCGCAGAUCUACGCAAGACUUGUUGAGAAAUCCAGACAGACCGUCCAGUUUUAAUCUCAUACCCAAAGUGGACGAUAGUGAUGUGGACACAAGGAAACAUGUCCAAAGAAUAUCAUCUCCUGAAAGAUGGGAAAUUAAACAGAUGCUUGCUGCCAAUUGUGUUGACAUAUCCGAAUUGCCAGAUUUUGACGAUUCUACCGGAUUGUUACCCAAGGAGGAUGACGAUGAUGAGGACAUAGAAAUUGAAUUAGUGGAAGACGAACCCCCUUUCCUAUCUGGUCAUGGUCGAGCAAACAUGCAAGAUCUUAGCCCAGUUAGAAUUAUGAAAAAUCCUGAUGGAUCAUUGGCACAAGCAGCCAUGAUGCAGUCAGCCCUUGCAAAAGAACGGAGAGAGCAAAAACAGCAACAAAGAGAGGCUGAGAUGGACUCCAUUCCUGCUGGAUUGAACAAACAUUGGAUUGAUCCUUUACCUGAUGCUGAAGGGCGUACACUGGCAGCAAAUAUGAGGGGUAUCGGAUUGUCGACUCAAGAUUUGCCAGAAUGGAAGAAACAUAUCACAGGGGGCUCUAAAGCAUCCUAUGGAAAGAAAACUCAGCUCACCAUCCUAGAACAAAGGCAAAGUCUUCCAAUCUAUAAAUUGAAAGAUGACCUGAUUAAAGCUGUAACUGAAAAUCAAAUUCUUAUUGUCAUUGGUGAAACUGGGUCUGGAAAAACGACCCAGAUGACUCAAUAUUUAUCAGAAGCUGGUUUCACUGCAAGAGGAAAGAUAGGUUGCACACAGCCUAGAAGAGUUGCAGCUAUGUCAGUCGCAAAAAGAGUCGCUGAAGAAUUUGGCUGCCGAUUGGGCCAAGAGGUUGGUUACACCAUCCGUUUUGAGGAUUGUACUAGCCCUGAAACUGUCAUCAAGUACAUGACAGACGGUAUGUUGCUGAGAGAGUGUCUUGUUGACCCUGACCUGAAAAGUUAUGCGGUUGUGAUGUUGGACGAAGCUCAUGAGAGGACAAUUCACACUGAUGUGCUGUUUGGUCUAUUGAAAAAUGCUGUGAAGCGCAGACCAGAACUGAAACUUAUUGUUACAUCUGCCACAUUAGAUGCUGUGAAAUUUUCUCAGUAUUUCUUUGAAGCACCUAUAUUUACCAUUCCUGGACGUACAUAUCCUGUGGAAAUUUUAUAUACUAAAGAACCAGAAAAUGAUUAUUUGGAUGCUUCUUUAAUCACAGUUAUGCAGAUACAUUUAACUGAACCAGUAGGUGAUAUUUUGCUUUUUUUGACUGGUCAAGAAGAAAUCGAUACGGCCUGUGAAAUUCUAUAUGAAAGAAUGAAGUCAUUAGGCCCAAAAGUACCAGAACUGAUCAUACUACCUGUUUAUUCUGCUUUACCAAGUGAAAUGCAGACUCGCAUUUUUGAACCUGCUCCCUUAGGAUCAAGAAAGGUUGUAAUAGCUACAAAUAUAGCUGAAACAUCCCUUACUAUAGAUGGCAUUUAUUAUGUAGUUGAUCCAGGAUUCGUGAAACAGAAUGUUUAUAACUCUAAAACAGGAAUGGAUUCCUUAGUUGUUACACCUAUAUCACAGGCUCAAGCUAAGCAAAGAGCUGGCCGUGCAGGAAGAACAGGUCCAGGGAAAUGUUAUCGUCUCUACACUGAGAGGUCGUACAGAGAUGAGAUGCUGACCACUCCAGUACCGGAGAUCCAGAGGACAAAUCUCGCAGCCACUGUUCUGCAGCUCAAAGCAAUGGGAAUAAAUGACCUGCUGUCAUUUGACUUUAUGGACGCUCCUCCACCAGAGUCUCUGAUAAUGGCUCUUGAACAGUUGCAUUCCUUAAGUGCUUUGGAUGAUGAAGGGCUUUUAACACGACUUGGACGACGGAUGGCAGAAUUUCCUAUGGAACCUAGUCUUUCAAAAAUGCUUAUAAUGUCAGUGCAUUUGGGUUGCAGUGAAGAAAUUCUUACAAUUGUUUCUAUGUUGUCUGUUCAAAAUGUAUUUUACCGACCAAAGGACAAGCAAGCUUUAGCUGAUCAAAAGAAGGCAAAAUUUAAUCAACCUGAAGGAGAUCAUCUAACACUGCUUGCUGUUUACAACUCAUGGAAAAACAACAAGUUUUCUAAUGCUUGGUGUUACGAAAAUUUUGUGCAGAUCAGGACACUGAAAAGAGCUCAAGAUGUCCGGAAACAACUAUUAGGAAUCAUGGAUCGACAUAAAUUAGAUGUUGUAUCGUGUGGCAAAACGACGGCUCGUGUUCAAAAGGCUAUCUGCAGUGGUUUCUUUCGAAAUGCAGCUAAGAAGGAUCCCCAGGAAGGCUACAGAACUUUGGUAGAUGGACAGGUUGUUUACAUUCAUCCUUCCAGCGCUCUAUUCAAUCGUCAACCAGAGUGGGUUGUGUAUCAUGAAUUAGUCCAGACUACUAAAGAAUAUAUGAGAGAAGUUACAACAAUUGAUCCUAAGUGGAUGGUUGAGUUUGCUCCUGCAUUCUACAAAUUUGCUGAUCCAACUAAACUUAGCAAACACAAGAAACAACUAAGAUUAGAACCUUUGUACAAUAAAUAUGAAGAACCAAAUGCCUGGAGAAUAUCAAGAGUCAGGAGGAGAAGAAAUUAGAAUAAUCCUUCUUAAAUUAUUUGUGUACAAAGAAUGUAAAUAUUUAGGGCACAGACUGUAAAUACUUGAAGAAUUAUCCUUUGUAAUGAAUAAAGGGUGUUCCUUUUUA